UCCUGUGCACAUAACGGGCAGCGCGCACUUGGAGGCGGCUGCUCUAGAUCUCAGGCUGGGACUGACGGGCACCGCGAGCCCUGGGCACCCCACAAGCUGAGUGCAGGACGGGCUCCCACCACACCCACCCCACGGCGGCUGAAUGAGGCUUCUAGGCGUCCCGUCCGCAGCCCGUGCGCUCACCUGCCAGCCUGCGCGCCAUGGGGCAACCGGGGAACCGCACCGUCUUCUUGCUGGCGCCCAACGGAAGCCAUGCACCGGGCCAAGACGUCGCGCAGGAACGGGACGAGACGUGGGUGGUGGGCAUGGCCAUCCUCAUGUCGCUCAUCGUCCUGGCCAUCGUGUUUGGAAACGUGCUGGUCAUCACAGCCAUUGCCAAGUUCGAGCGUCUGCAGACGGUCACCAACUACUUCAUCACCUCCUUGGCCUGUGCUGACCUGGUCAUGGGCCUGGCGGUGGUGCCCUUUGGGGCCAGCCACAUCCUUAUGAAAAUGUGGACUUUUGGCAAUUUCUGGUGCGAGUUUUGGACUUCCAUUGACGUGCUGUGUGUCACGGCCAGCAUUGAGACCCUGUGCGUGAUCGCGGUGGAUCGCUACUUUGCCAUCACGUCACCCUUCAAGUACCAGAGCCUGCUGACCAAGAAUAAGGCCCGGGUGGUCAUUCUGCUGGUGUGGAUCGUGUCAGGCCUCACCUCCUUCUUGCCCAUCAAGAUGCACUGGUACCGGGCCACCCACGAAGACGCCAUCAAGUGCUACGCCAGAGAGACCUGCUGUGACUUCUUCACGAACCAGGCUUACGCCAUUGCCUCCUCCAUCGUUUCCUUUUACCUGCCCCUGGUGGUCAUGGUCUUCGUCUACUCCAGGGUCUUCCAGGUGGCCAAAAGGCAACUCCAAAGGAUCGACAAAUUCGAGGGCCGCUUCCAUGCCCAAAACCUCAGCCAAGUGGAGGAUGGGAGGAGCGGGCACGGACAUCGCAGGUCCUCCAAGUUCUGCUUGAAGGAACACAAAGCCCUCAAGACUUUGGGCAUCAUCAUGGGCACGUUCACCCUGUGCUGGCUGCCCUUUUUCAUCGUCAACAUUGUGCACGUGAUCCAGGAUAACCUCAUCCCCAAGAACGUUUACAUCUUCCUAAACUGGGUGGGCUACGUCAACUCUGCUUUCAACCCCCUCAUCUACUGCCGGAGCCCCGAUUUCAGGAGUGCCUUCCAGGAGCUUCUGUGCCUGCGCAGGUCUUCUCUGAAGGCCUAUGGGAAUGGCUACUCCAACAGCAAUGACAAGUCUGACUACACAGGGGUGCCCAGUGGAUAUCACCUGGGACAGGAGAAAGACAGCAAACUGCUGUGCGAGGAUGCCCGGGGCAGGGAAGACUUUGUGAACCGUCAAGGUACUGUGCCUAAUGAUAGCAUUGAUGCACACGGGAGGAAUUGUAGUACAAAUGACUCACUGCUCUAAUGCAGCUUUUCUACUUUUUCAGACCCCCUUCCCUGACAAGACACUAAGCAGACUAUUUAACUUAAGUGUAAUAAAUUUAGAAUGGAAUUGUAUAGAGAUGUGCAGGAGGAAGAACAUCCUCCUGCCUUUUUUUUUAUUUUUGUAAGCUGUAAAAAAAGAGAACACUUAUUGGAGUGAUUGUUUCUUGUACAGUUCAGUUCCUCUUUGCAUGGAACUUGUCCGUGUGUGUCUGAAGGGCUUCGGUCCCAGAGGACCUGGGGCUGCUAUGUUUUGAUGACUUUUCUGCGUAUCUACCUCAUCAGUCAAGUAUUAGGGGUAAUCUAUUGCUGCUGGUAAUGUGUAUCUGAAGGAGACCUUCUUUCCCGCCCCCUCGGAUGGAGGAUCCGGAGUAGCCUGGACCUGACAGCUGUGAACACGUUCCUCUUAUUUGCUGAAACAGGGUGUUGUGGGCAGGCAUUUCAGGGGUAGCUUCAGUUGUUUUCCUGAGCAAAGUCUAAAGUUUACAGUAAAUAAAUUGUUUGACCAUGA